AUGGGGUCGAAAAGGCUGUUCGCGCGUGUGGUUGGACGACAGGUUCGCGAUGGCGUCGAUGUAGAUCCCGACGAUGGACCUAUCGCCAACCAGCCAGACAGGCAGGCGGGUCAGGAGGACAGCGACCAGGCGGAUCAGGUGGACGAGGCAGGCCGACGGACAGCCGAAUGCUUGAGCGGAGAAAAGCUGGAGCGAGAUUCAGAGUCACCCUCCCACUCUCUCACCCUUCGAUUCCGACCCCACUCAUCCACUCAUCUUGGCCACUGGGACUCUGACCUCGUCGCUCUCACGACUGGACACGGUCGGGAUGACGCUGCCGCACUACGGAACAAGCUCAAGUGGAUAAGGCUUGACACGUUAGGCACCGUAAAAGCUGGUAUGGCCGAAUACGGCAGCAGCUGCAGGAGUGCGUACCUGACCUGGACAUACGUGCCUGACGCUUAG